AGACUGUGUAGCAGAAAUCUUAUUGUUUGACUAAGAUGAAUAUAUUUCGUUUCGCCGGUGAUUCUUCUCAUCUUAUUGCUAUUGUCAUACUAGUUGUAAAAAUAUGGAAAACACGCUCUUGUGCAGGACUUUCCGGGAAAUCGCAGCUUUUAUUUGCAUUCGUCUUCACAUCGCGUUAUUUAGAUCUCUUCCAUUUCAUUUCAUCUUACAAUACAAUUAUGAAGAUCUUUUUCCUUGUAUCUUCAUAUGGAACUGUAUAUCUGAUGUUCUUCAAGUUCAGAGCGACUUAUGACCGAAAUCACGAUACAUUUCGGAUAGAAUUCUUGAUUAUUCCAGCAGCAGCACUUGCUUUUCUCAUCAACCAUCAGUUUUCGUUCACGGAGAUUGCCUGGUCGUUCUCCAUAUAUUUGGAAGCAGUUGCCAUCAUGCCGCAGUUGUUUAUGCUUUCGCGUACUGGCAGUGCGGAAACAAUUACUGCGCAUUAUUUGUUUGCAUUGGGAACAUAUCGGGCUUUAUAUAUCUUGAACUGGCUAUAUCGUUAUUACACUGAAGAAUUUUUCGAUCCUAUUGCAACUGUUGCCGGUGUUGUACAAACCAUACUUUAUGCCGAUUUUUUCUAUCUGUAUGUUACAAGAGUUAUUCGAGGACACAGAAAUCUGGAGCUUCCCGCAUAGUCUUUUCGUUAUCAAGGAUCGCGGCUUCACUGUUCAUAUUUUAUAAAAAUUUUCUUUUGGUUAAAUAGUUUUGAAUUGGUGUUAAAUCAGUUGUUUAUCGGUCAUAUUGUUUUUCGAAGCUUCUGUCAGUGCACAUCUAUACAGUCACAAAGUUUUAAUAUUCCGAUGUUCUCUUUGGAGAGGUUCGGUUUUAAUUAGUUCUUUCGGAGUAGGCUUUUUGAAUUCCGCAGGUGAUUUAUUUGUUACUACACCUUAAAACAAUAAGUCCCUAAAAAUUUUUGCGCAUCUGUGAAUGUGGUAUUUCGGAUUUAGAGGAAAUGUUCUGCUUUUGUGUUUCAUAUUAGCUAAGAGGAAUGGUGUAAUUUAAAUUAGAAGUGUUUACUAACCACUUAAUUAUUUAUUUGGGUUUGUUCAAAUGAUAUUGGCUUGAUUCUUGUUUGAAAGUGAAUGUACGGCUUUUUACCAGUUUUCCACUUUUGUAUUAAUUAAAAUUGCGCAUCACC